CGAAUACGAGAGUGCGCGCGAGAAAUGCAGCGCGAGACACACACUGAACAGCCCCGUUAAACCCCGCCGAAUCCACGCGCACGGGAAAAAAGACACUGGGAAAAAAACAGCAGCCGCUUUAGAAAGGAGUGACAGGAAAGUCCACCGCCGACGGUCAGGUAAAAUGGGAGGGAAGCUGAGCAAAAAGAAGAAGGGAUACAAUGUGAACGACGAGAAGGCGAAAGAGAAGGACGCAAAGACAGAGGGAGCGUCGGCGGAGGAGAGCGAAGCUCCUAAAGAGAACAAGGAGGACGCUGCUGCUGCCACCGAGACCACCAAUGACACGGCGGCAGCAGCAAAAGAAGCCACACCAACCGCUGACAGCAACUCCACCGCACCCAAGGAAGAGGAGAAAAGCGCCGCCCCUCCAAAAAAGGAGGAGCCUGCUGCAAAUGCUAACGCUAAUGCUCCUAAAGCAUCUGAUGCCAAGACCAGCGAGGCUGCCAAAGCAGAACCCGCCAAGAGUCCAGAUGCCCCUCCUGCCAAAGUGGAAGAAAAGUCCGCCCCUUCCGCAGCUCCAGUCAAUGAGAAAGAGCCUGCGAAAGAGGCUGCUAAAGAUCCCGCCCCUGCUGUAGCCGCAGCGUCGGAGAGCAAGCCUGACGCUGAGUAAAAGACUGAGGCUCCGCCCACAAAGGAAUCCGCCCCCGCAGAGCCAAUCACCACGGAGACAAGCCCCGCCCCGAACAAGGAGCAAGCAGUCGCCGUGCAGGAUUAACAGAAGGAACAGUGAACGACAAGAUGAAAACGGAGAUCAAAUCUAAAUAAUAAAACUAGCCCGCCCAUUUUAAAUGAUACCAGUAAUUAUAACAUGAAUAAUGAUAAUAGUAACAAUAACAGUAAUGAUUUUAACAGGCUGGACUUUGAUCAUUGUGUUGGUAACGGACAUGAUCAUGGUGAACAAGACUGGCUGUCAUGACCAUAUUAUCUUUAAUAUCCAAUUGAACUUUGAUACAAAUCACCAGCCCCCAACUCUCCCUCCUUCUCUCUUCUUACCUUUCUUUCUACCUCCAUUCGGUGAGGGGUGGAAUAAAAACAUGGAGUCUAUUCAUCACCACCCUCCAUUCUCACUUCCCUUCAUUUGAGUGUGAUGUGAUGGGUGGGGUUAAAAAAAGAUAUAUAUAUAUAUAAAAGUGUGUGUGUGUGUGUGUGUGUGUGUGCGCGUGUGUGUAUGUAUGUAUGUGUGUGCGUGAGUAGUGGUAGUAAUUUUAGUCCAGCCUCCCGAUGCAUAUUUCAUAUUUCCUGUUUGCUGCUUUCUAGUGAUUGACAUUGUGUCUGCUUAUCCCCUGACUCUCCUGCUUUCUUUGUUUCUCUCUCUCUCUCUCUUUUUCUCACAUAUCAGUGGUUACAAAAUCAGUGUACAGCACAAUGCAUCAAACACACACAUACAUACACACACACAUGGUUGAUAGCAGUAUUAGUAUUAUUUAAAGGAACAGUUCACCCCAAAAUAGCAAUUCAGCUAUGACUUUCUAAAAAUGUAUGAUGUUGGAUGCAAAGGCAGAAAUUUAGCUGAACGAGUUAUGCAUGAAAGUCAAUGGACAUCCAAAUCAUUCAAGCAAGAUUUUCAUGGCACGGUUAUUAAUAAAGCUGCAUUCAAAUUGGGAUAUAGUGCAUGAGCCGUAUGGGCUACUUUAUGGUGCUAUUUAUUUAUUUUUUUGAAACUGCUUUUGGUUUCGAUUCACUUUCAAUAGAAAAGAGCAGCAUGAACAUAUUUCAAAACCUUCACUUUGUUUCACAUGGAAGAAAAUAGUCCUAAGGGUUUGGAAUGACAUGAGGAGAGUAAAUGGUAUCAGAACUGUUAUUUUUAUGGUGAACUGUCACUUUAAACGGAUGUUUGAAGGUCCGAUAAUGUGUGUACAUGUGUGGAGGGAUCUGGUUAUAUGAAACGAGUGUAUGUAUGAAGUUAUGCAUGGUUUGAGUAUGCAUUUUCUGCAUGUGUGUGUGUGUGUGUGUGUGUGUGAAUGGAGUUCUGGUCUUUCUGUAAUUUGAAAGCAGCAUUUUGUCAUGAUGUCAGAGAGACAGAGAGAGAGAGAGAGAGAGAGAGAGCCCAGACCUCCAAACUCAACAAACAGGACACACUUCACACACACACACACCGAUCUCUCAAUAUUCUGACAGAGCAGUGUGAGCAUUGUGUGUGUGUUUCUGUAUGUGUGAGGUUGUGUGUUUUGCAUGUCAGUGGUUGGCCCUAUCGUUGUGUAUUUUUGGUUGCUGUGGAGAUAAUGUUGCUACAGGUGAUAUUUCAUUUGAAUUAACACACACACACUCUCUCUCUCUCUUUCUUUCUGUUUCUUUCUCUUUCAUUCCUUUUCUUUCCAAAAUUCCCUGGUAAAAUGAAAAAAAAAAUUCAAAUGGAAGAACUGAGAUAUAUGUACUUGUAUACAUGGAGCAACCUUAAUAAAAUGGAAGAAACAGAUUGAAA